CAAUGGGAGCAGGCCAAGCCCUGCGGGGAAAAGAUUUAUUUCAUCUUUGAAAGGGAGCCCGACCCGUUGUGUCUCUGAACGAGCAACUUUCUUCAAAUCCGGGAAGUUUCUUACGGUUUUCGAGAAGCUCAUUUGUACGGUGACGGCGACAGCAGCAACAUAUAACCGGACUCCGCGUCGGGAGUUAAAUAAACACGAGGCGAUUGGAAAGACAACGACCACCGGAAGUGCCGGUCGCGCUCUGCGCAUGUCCCCCGGAGGCCGCCGUCCCUGGAGCUCGUGCUGUGGCCGUUAACGUUCGCUUGGCGGCGCGCGAACGGUCUCCCCGGUAACCGCCUCCAGCCCCGCCAUGGACAGGUUCCGCGAGCGGAAGGAGCAGCGCCUGCGGCCCGGCAGCGACCGGAGCCGCGCAGGGGGAGUGGACCCGGAGAUCGCGGCCGUCGUGGACACGCUCAACCGGUCGGAGCGCUUCAGCACCACCAGCUCGUGUUCGGGCCGGGUGCUGCUGCUGGAGGCGGGCUCUGAUCAAACUGAAGUGCAUAAACAGAAUUGUUCGUGGUUAUUUGUGACUCAUCAGAAAUGUCAGAAAGAAGAUGUGAUUGCAGGGCUGCAAAAAGCAGAGGGUAAUGCAGUGUUUAAAUUUGAGCCAUUUGUUCUCCAUGUCCAGUGCAGGAAGAUAGAGGAUGCACAGCUCUUGCACUCUGUCGCUAUAAGCGCUGGCUUCAGGAACUCUGGGAUCACGGUUGGCAAAAAAGGCAAAGUAAUGAUGGCUGUUCGCAGCACACAUUGCCUGGAAGUUCCUUUGUCCCAUCGAGGAACGGUAUUGGUGAGUGAGGAGUACAUCGAAUACCUUGUGCAAGUGGCUAAUCAGAAAAUGGAGGAAAAUGAAAAGAGGAGAGAAAGGUUUUAUGCUGGUAUUGUAGCUGCUCUAAGUGCUCCAGAGAAUGCUGGACAACUGGAUGAAAAUGUGAGCACGGCUGCCAAUGUGUACGAACGCAGAAGAAGACAGAAAGCUACCAAGAAGGACACAGGAAAUGGUGGGAUUACAACCAACAGUGAUGGCGAGAGUGACCUCUUAUUUCUGAUGGGCACCACAUGAUCAUGAUGUUUUAAUCCUCGGAAUGAAAUUGAAGAAAACGGCAGCCCUUGCGCACAACACAGUUGGAGAGCCUGAAGGACUCAAUUGCUGUCUCCAAAAAUAAUUUAUCCAUCAACAAUUGAGAUAAUUUAAUCAAAGUUCUGAUUCUGCAGCCCCCCCACCCCCGCCAGUUAUUUGGGUCUGUUUUUUUCCAGACUUUUUUUGGUGAUGUAAAUUUUAUCCUUAUACAUUUAAAAACAAAUUGAACAUUUUAAGUAACGUUAGCUAGGUGAGACUCUGACACUUCAGGUCAUGUUGAUUGAAAAUUUCUGCAAGUGUUCAUUUGGUGAAGGCAACAUAAGAUGAAGGUGUUUAAAUAACGUAUGUCUCACAUGUUCCUUUGUUAUAUUUAAAUUAAAUACUUGAAAGAUGGAAACAUUUUCAGGGCUAUGAGAAAAGGGAAAGCCUGUGCGACUGAUUGACUCUUUCAGUGAGUCACCACGGCAUGAUGGGGUUGAACAGCUUCUACUCUCAUUCUUGAAUAAUGUGAGAUCUAGUGCAGGAAGUAGUAUAUUUGCUUGACUUUGCAAAUGCAUUCCCAGCAAAACAAGUAUAAUUAAUUUUGUCUGCCCUUUAAGACACCACCAAUUCACAUUUAUGCAGUGUUUUUAAUUUGGUAAAACAGUGCAAGAUGCUUCGUGUCAUCAAAUAAAAUCAGGUGCCAUAUUACAAGGAAACAUUAAAAGGUGACCAAAGUUUAGUUGAAGAGUUAGGUUUUAAGAAAUGUCUUAAAAAGAUGGAAAGUUCAGGGAGGGAAUCCCAAUAUUUGGAGCCAGAUAUCCAAAUGAAUAAAGGUUAAAGUGUGACAUGUUAUUUUACAGCAUACACGCAACACUGCUUCCUAAAUCACUGCAUGUCCAGUCCAACCAGGAAGGAAGCAUUGCUUGAUUAAGUUCUGCAGUGGAAAUGGAACAAAUAGCUAAUGGAAAGUAGAAGAAAAUUGGGGAAUGGUGACUGCAACACAGUUGGGUUCAUUGUAGGAAGAUUGGGUGGUGAUGUAAUCAAGCAGAACAACUCAGUAACAGGCGAUUAAUUCUCCCCUAGGAAAUGGGUAACGUAAACAGUACACAGGCUCAGAAGAAUGUGGGUGAGGGGGCGUCAAAAAAGUCUGAUACCAUGGAGAAGUUGAGAGAGAGUGAAACUUAAAAGGGAAGCAUAUGUUCCCUGACGAGUCCCAGUAUUGUGAAAAUAGAAAACUAGGAAGGACUGGUGCUUGCAUUGCACCCUUCACAACUCCACAGCCAAUGGAGUCAAUUCUGUUGGUGAUUUAUGUAAUUUGGUUUAAUUUGGCAGGUGUGACCUUUCAGGUCCGUCACCGUGCAGAAGUGGAGCAAAAGCCCAGAGGAUUGUCAAACCAUAGCUCUGGUUUGAAUUAUAAACCACUAUUGUAUUUUUGUUUACAAUGCUGAAGACAUUUUUGAGCUUUUUCUUUUUUUUUGUGAAGCAUGCUGGAUGGUUUGAUGGUUCACUAAAAUUCAACAAGACAGUCACCUUUUUACUGUUCCAAUUAUGAGGAUAAUUGGGCAUUUAGUGUCGGAAAUAGCAGUCCAUGGAUACACAUCAGCUGCACAAUUCCAAAAAUAAAUACUGAGCUUACUGUUUGUAUACAACAUAUGGCUGAUGGCUACUUAGUUUUGUUGUGAUAUAUGAACUUAGCUUUCGCGCACAGAAGCCAAAGUUGCUUUUGUUGCACUAUUUAUUUGAAUCAAAAUACUGCCAUUAAUAUAAUUGUUCACUUUUGGGCUGUACCUGAAUUUAUUUUCUCUUCCUCUAUCCUUUUUAUGUUUUUUGAGGUACCACGGGUUGAGGGCCUUCAGUGAAUGUGGAGACUGGAGAUGGUGGGAUGGUUGUUAGAGCACAGAAGGUUGAAGAGGAUUUAAUCAGGCUGUUCAAAAUCAUGAAAAGCAUGUGACAGAAUAAGGAAGGUGAAACUGUUUCCAAUGGCAGGAAAGUCGAUGAUGAGAGGGACACAUUGGAUGGAAUUGGCAGAAGAAAAACUGUGGGGGAGAAAAUGAGGCUUUUUUUUUUUGAAGCAGUGAGUUGCUGUGAUUUGUAAUGCAUUGCCUGAACCAGUGAUGGAAGCAGGUUCAGUAGCUUCAGAAUUGGAUCAGUGCUUGAAAUAUUUUGUGGAGCUACAGCAAAAGAGUAGGGGAAUAAAAUUAUUUGGAAUGCUUGUUCAAUGAGUUAGCACAGACAUGAUGGGCCAUAAGGCCCUCUUUGUAGUAUAUUAUUCCACAAUUCAUCAGGAGGUAUGUGUCAUUUGAUAGGACCAACAUUUACUGUCAGCACAGUUCUUCUGGAGGCAGGAAUAGAUUGCCUUCACUAUGAUAAUAAAAUGUGAGGCUGGAUGAACACAGCAGGCCAAGCAGCAUCUCAGGAGCACAAAAGCUGACGUUUCGGGCCUAGACCCUUCAUCAGAGAGGACAACAGGUUCCUUUCUUUUUAAAGAAGUAUUUUUGUUAAACCAAAUUGAGCUUUUACAACAAUAGAGGAGCCUUGUCAUUUUUACUGGUCACAGUUUUUUACAUUUUCAAUUUUUUGUACUGAAUUUAAAUGAUCAAACUGUUCCAUGUAAUUUGAAUAGAUACUCUAUGAUUACUAAUCCUGGUGUCCAGUCAGCUACUAAAUUACUUUAAAUCUUGAAUGGUAUUGUCCACAUUUUUAAAUAAAGUUUAAAUAAUCAUUUUCUGCAGCCUGACCAACUUGUUAGAUUCCCUGAAAUCAGCACUGCACCAACGGAGUAAGAUUUACUGAGUUUCCCAGGAAGUAAAGUUAGCUUUUUAUAUGCUUUUCUAUUAAACCAGUAGAUGGUGUGAUUCUGUAACAGUCUCACUGCUGCAUAGCACUGGACACUGAUGCAGUGAUAGAUUAGCAGAACAACUGCUGUUUUCAAACCUUGUUUAAACCUAUCACCCCAUUCCUCUCCCUAGCAAUAGUCUGAAUCUGUUCGCAAAUUUAACAUCAAGUUUGACCCUGAGAUGAGUUUCCAAACUCAUUUUCAUUCUAUUGUUAAGACCAACCAUUUCCAUUAAUUCAUCCCUGCGUCAGGUUGGCUACUGAAACUGGUGAACAGGCUUUCCUGUGACAGACAGUAAAUUGGCUUUUCUCACUGGCCAGCUGUUCACCAAAUAUAUCAUUAAUUUGGAGAUGGAGACCAGAUGUAAUAUUUCUACAUUUGCAGAUGAUAGAGCUAAGCAGGAAUGUGUUGUGAGGAAAACAAAAAAUGUUUUCAGGAGGAUUUGGGCAAGAACGUGACAGAUAAUGAGUCUUUGGAAUCCUCUACCCUAGAGGGCAGUGGAAGGUAAAUAGAUUUCUGAUCACCAGUGGUGCAAAGUAUUAUGGUUAGCAUGGAUAAUAGGCAUUGAAAUGUUCAAUCUUGCAUCAUCAUAUUAAAUGAUGGAGCAAGCAUGAUGGGCUGAAUUGCCUUCUCCUGUUCCUGGACUUAUUCCAAUACUUGAUUUGUCCAAUGAAUUCCUGACUUGUCUCCACAAUACAUGCAGUGUAACUUGGAGUUAUUUAAAAACAUUGCUUGAUCUUCACCAGUGCAGUGGUGUCUUGGUACAGAUGCUUCAGUAGAAUGGUAUUCCCUCAGUGGUGCCCCCAGCAGUGUAGCACAUCUCUGCUUUUGCUGCUACGACAGUGCAGAGCCUCCUGUAUUGCAGCAUUCUCUCAAGUAGUGACCCUUUUACUGUGCAGAAAACCACCUGAAUAUCGCCCUUCAUGCUUUAGCUGAUUUUUUGAAUGAUUGAUUUUCUUUUACUCUCUAAUUUUAUUUUCUGGCUCAUUCUACUUUUUUAAUUUUGUCAUUUUCAAACAAUGCUCCAGUUCCUUUUAAAAAGUUAUCACUGCAUCUGCUUCUUCUACCUUUUCAUGCUGUGCAUUCUGGAUAACAACUCGUGUACUUAUUAAAAUUAAAAUUCUCAUCUCCCAUCUGACCCUUUUGCCAGUUAUGUUUUAAUCCAGGAAAUAAGUUCCAUGGGCCCAAGACUAACACAUGGCUUGUUGAUUUGUCAUCAAGUUACCUUGACAGCAAAAACAACAAAUUCAAAAACCUGACCACUCUCUCAAAUGUUGAAAAUAUACAGUAUGUCAAGAGGAAAUUUUGACACAUUGGGGAUUAAGCACCUUAAAUAUAUACGUGUUGCUUAUAAAAACCCAUCCGAUUCACUAAAGCACUUUAGGAAAAGAAGUCUACUGUCCUUACCUGUUCUGACCAGCAUAGGACAUAAGCAACAAUUAGGGAUGGAUAAUAAAUGCUGGUGAUACCCAUAUCAUAUAAAGCAAAAACAAGCUUUAAGGACUUUGUAAACUUGUGAAAAAAAAUAUUGACACAGAAUAACAUAAAGAUAUCAAACAAGCAAAGUCACCAAAAACCAGGACCUAAUGAAAUGAUUGAUUGUCACUUUGGGGGAUUAUAUAUAGACAUGUAGAACAUUACAGCACAGUACAGGCCCUUUGGCCCUCGAUGUUGUGCCGACCUGUCAUACCGAUCUGAAGCCCAUCUAACCUACACUAUUCCAUUAACAUCCAUAUGCUUAUCCACCUGGAGAGAAUUGUGGACAUUGAGUUGGCAAGGAGUAUGAGGAUGAUUGGGCUACAUGAUAUGGGUUGAGAACUAUAAUGGGUCAUUGGAACUGGGUUUUUUUUUCCUACUCUCAUAGGAUGUGGGUGUUGCUGGCAACAGCCAGAAUUUAUUGCCCAUCCCUAGUUGCCCUGGAGAAGGUAGUGUUGAGCUGCUGCCUUGACCUGCUGCAGCCCAUGUGCUAUAGGUUGACCUUCAAUGCCCUUAGGGAGGGAAUUAGACCCAGUGAUACUGAAGGAUUGGUGACAUAUUUCCAAGUCAGGAUGGUGAGCAGCUUGAUUAGACUGCAAAGGGUUUUGGUGCAUUCUGUGAUUUUGCAAGGUGCUAUAUAAAUCCAGAUCAAAGAAUGAAAGUGGAGAAACAACAGAUUGCAACUUUUAGCUAUGGGAUUUGAGUUUUAUUUUGCAGAACGGUCCAAAAGAAGGUAACUUGGCAACCCAUGAUUUGGGGAUGGCAAGCAGUAGAAGACAAAUGGUGCUGUGGAGGAGUGUUAGAAAUUGACUUUACAACUCAAUUUCAAGUGCAAUUGUGAUUAUAGUUUUCUGUCAUGGUUCAGUUAUAACAUUAUUGGAAUGUGGUUAAUAUUGUAGAUGUCUUUAACAAGACCAGAGAGGUAAUGUAACACUAAUAAAUUAGUUUCUUUCGACAUCAAUGUCUGAUACUUCAUAAAAAACACAUGUCAGCCAAGUUUCCCUUCAAGCAAUGUGCUGAAAUAUGUCACCCCUAGAAAAUUAUGUAAAAGACUGUACAAUAUAUAUUAAUAUUGGGGGUUGGGGAGAGAAAAUUAUGGCUUUGUAUGUAACAGAAUCUUCACUGGGUGGUAAAAAUGUUCGCUUUUUGACCUUGAAUAUGCACUGGCAAUAAAUUGGUGGAGGACAAUUGCAGUGAAUGAAAAUCAAAGCAUUAAACUAUUUUGUUUAAGUGAAAAGGUGGAUAUGGUAGAAACACACGAGAUUUUCUUUAAAACGUCAUUCAUAGGAUGUGAAUGCCAUUAGCCACAUCAUUUUUAAAAAUCAAGAUAUGAAGGCAAUAAGCACCUAUUUGUUAUAUUCCUAAUGGGCUCUGUACACUGCUGACUGGUCCAGUAUUUAUCUCCCAUUCCUAAUUGCCAUCGAGAAGAAGACAGUUCACCACCAGUUUCAACUGCUGCAGUCCAUGUGCUAUAGGGACACCCACAGUGCCAUUAGAUGGGAAUCUCCAGUGGAUACAAUAACAAUGAAGGAUCAGUGAUACAUUUCCAAGUCAAAAUGUGUGUCCUUGUUCUUUCAGAUGAUAGUUGUGGAUUUGCAAUGUGCAAAUUACCUUGUUGGAGGAGAUUUGAGAGUUUCUGCAGUGCAUCUUGUGAAUGGUACACACUGCUGCUACUGAGUGUCGGUGGUGGAGGGAGUGGACGCUUGUAUAUGGAGUGUGAAACCGCAAACUUCCUGAGUGUUGUUGGAGCUGCACCCAUCCAGGCAAGUGGGGAGUAUUCCAUCA